CUCGAGCUCUGAUUCUCACUGUAGACACACUUCAUCUGCAAUUCCCAAAAUACAUGAUAUUAAUUAGAAAGCAAACGUGAUUACCAUAAUUGGCUGUGAUUGAACACUGGCGGUUUUGUGAAUCAGUGCAUUUCUGCAGUGCACAAUGAAGCACCAUCAUCAUCAUCAUCAUCCUCCUCUCUGACGCACAUCGAGGAGGAAUCCCACCGCUCGCAUCAUCAACCCCCAGUGGGCGUGGCUUCAUCUCCAGGCUUCAUUCAUAAACUCCGGCUGCCAUUAGGAUGAAAUGUAACGCGCCUGCUGGAGCGUCGUGCCAUUGGUGAGCGCUUAUAACGCGUCCCUCGCGCGGACAGCAUGCAUUACAAAUAGGCGUCACACACACGCUUCUGGAUCAUGAGUGAUGAGUCUCCAUUACAGACCCGUCUCACCACUGACGUGCCUCUGGUGUCGGGUUCUCAGGAGAACUACGUCCUGCUGCUGGUGAUGCUGUGUGUGUUCGCCGGCGGGACGCUGAUCGUUCUGUCCGUCCUGCUGAUCUUCUGUCACCGCUGCUGUCGAGGAGAACGACGCUACUCCAGAGCCAGUGAUGACCUGGAAAAAACCAACACUACAUACGUAGAGGAGAGUCAGCCGACACAAGACAUCACCAUCAGACUCGAGAGUGGCGAGUCGCUGUCCACUUCCAGUUGUCAUGGCGAUACGGACACGGAUCAUUUCCUGUCUGCGUCGUGCACCGGACGACGUGUCUCUUUCAACGAGGCCGCCAUCUAUGAGCAGAGCGCCAAAGACCAGGAGAAAGGUCGAAGGUACACUCUCACAGAAGGAGACUUCCAUCACCUGAAGAAAGCUCGUCUGACACACCUGCACAUCCAGCCGCCGGCGCUGAAGAUCCUCACCAUCAUGGAGUGUGAUUCACCAGAGAACAGCAUCACGGUCACUGAACAGCCCUCACAACACCCGUCCCUCUCCAUAUUCCAGCCCACUGAGGGCCCCGUGCCAGAGGCUCCAGGAUUGUGGAGCAGUCAAAGCCCCAGCUGCGCUCUACCCGGAGACACACUCAACUCCACCCUGAACACCAGCGCCGAACACACCGGAAAACCUGCCCGAUCACAAACCAUUGAGGUGAUGAGCAGAAGCCUGCUGAUGGACAGAGAUUCCACUUCCUGUCCGGCUCAGGGCACCAUGCUCCACUUCCUGUCUAAGCUCAGACGACAUGCCAGCCUGGAGGGAGCGGGUCCGUUCUUCAGCGUCAAGAAAUGGAGACUCGACACCAUCCAGAGAGCAGCGAGCCUUGACAUGAGAGUUUCUCCACGGAGACGUGCAUUUCAGAGGCAGCGGGCGGCCAGUGAGACUCUGGAUCAGGGAGAAGAAAACUUACAGGGUGGAGUCAGUGACUUUCUGUUGCGAAAACCUCCUGCUCAGCCACAGAUGGAACCGCCUAGACGCCUCUCAGCCGGUUCUUUGGACGCCACUGCAGGAGCUCCUCCUGCCCUCAGCAGGUUAGAGGUAGAGGCUGUAAUGGAGCUCAAAUACAACACAGAUGCAGUGACGAAAGACACAACUACAGCUUUCCACUCAUCCCAGGGACCUCUGGAUGGUGAAGAGGAUGGACAGGAGAUGAUGGCUGGAGCAUCAGGAGGUAGCGGUGAAGAGUUUGGUCCGGCGAGUCGUCAGGAGAGUCUAGAGCAGCCCAGCCUGUACCGAGACAUCUGGAGCUUGAGAGCAUCACUGGAGCAGUACGCCUCCUCCGACCUGAGCAGCAAUGAUAGAGACUCCACUCGCAGCGAUGCAGACAGCGUUUGCUCGGCAGGAGCAUCAAGAGCAGGUGUCCCCAACUACCAGUCGCAAGACAUCGAUGACGACAUGGACGGGGAUGGUGAGCUGCCGUAUGACGAUGUGGUCAGGGAUGCCGGGCAGAGGAGAAAUGGACGGGACAGCGUAGACUCUGAGAGAGGCAGCGACGGAGAGACAAACAACCGGAAGCUUCUGCAAAUGGACAGCGGCUACGCCUCUAUCGAGGCUCCUUGCAAGGCUCCAGAGGAAUUCAGACUGUUCGGAAGUGGCUCUGCAAAGACAGCUUCAGAACGUCGUCGCUUUUUCACCAAUUCUGGCCGUAAAGGCACGGUUUGCGAGAGUUUUGAGGCUCGGCUGUUUAAAGAAGAGCUUGAAGAUGAGGCAUCGGAGAGCAGUGUAAGUUUGGAGGCAGAGGCUUCCCAAGAACAACAACCUGCGACCAAACCCAGGCCACGCUUCCGUCGCCGAGACUACAGCAUCGAUGAGAAGACGGAGGCGCUGUUUAAUGAAUUCCUACGCCAUGAUCCCCAGUUCGACCAGCAGGGUUCACCUUCAUUGCGUCACCGCCACCGUUCCCGUAUCCAUCUCCGGAAGCAGUGGCAGCGCAGCAAACAGUACAGCGACCCUGGUACCGCUAGAUACUCGCCAUCUCUAGAGCGACAGCGCUGCUACCCACUACGCAGAGGCGACAGCGCCAAUUACCCCUUGGACACACGCUACCAUAGUACCUUGCCUCGCAUCGCUAGCGCAGCGGAUGAGGAGGGCAGUGAGGGAGCAGCAGGUACAGAAUCGCCCGAGCCGGAAACAGCUGGUCCGGAGCAGGAGGGUGCUGGUCCGCCCUCAGCUGCAGAAAGCUCUGGUCCAGACUUGGAGGAAAAUGCAAACAACAGCAGCAACAACACAAGCCGACAUUUCUUUUCAUCGCAAUCGCAGGACAAUGGUGCCAGGGACUGUGGGAUACUGGAGAACUUUGGGACAACUGCUCAUCAAGCUGAUUCACAUAAACAUUCACAGAUGGAGGUCGUGGACCUCGGUGGGUCGAUGACCACAUUUAGUUCUCAUUUGCAUUCACAUACAGACAAACUCAUGCCAGACCCUACUGAUCUGGAUCAGGAUUCAGACUACAUGCGUCACACCUAUACUGACAUAAGUCCGUCAGACAAACUGGUGUCCACGCUGGGCGAUCGGCUCUACUCUAACCUGAGGACUCAAAGAGGAAGUCAAGAGUGUGUCGUGACAGUAAGCCGCACCUCACCAGAUCUAGAAGAAUAAAGGGCUGGUUACACCAAGAAUGAUAACUAUAACCAUAAAGUUUUAAUAAUCUCUCUGUAACUGUAACGAUAACGACACAGAGGAAAAAUAUUGUUGGAAUCUCUUCCAGAGUUUUUCCUCCCCAGCUGAUGAAUGAUAAAAACAUUAACUUCCAAUCAGAAUCCAUUUCACUUUAAAGACUUCAAGCAUUUAGAGCAGAACAAGACAAAACUGCAGCAUGCAUUUAUAUUAAACAGAAUGUCCGCUGAUGUGGAUGCUAAUAUAGUAAUUGUUAUAGUUAGCGUUCUUGUUCAGAAUAGUUUGGGCAAUGUUUUCAGAUCUGUUUUUUGAAUGACACUAACUUCGUUUCCACCGACAGGGUGCUGGUGCUGUGCUGAUAACGUCUUCAUCACGUAAAAACAACAACAAAAACAACAACUCAAUCUAGCAACACUGACACCAAACAAAACUAAUAUCACGCUCAUUAUAAUUAACAUUCGUCACAUUGCACCAUGGCUCCGGCUGCUUAUUUUUGCCAUAAAAAAAAAAAACAAAAACAAAAUUUUAUUGAUAAAUAUCCAAAGUGAUAAUUUAUUACUAGGAAUUUUAUUUGUAAACAACAUAUAAUAUAAUAAAUGAUGUUAAAAGAUGUGUCAAAAAGAAUUGUAAAAAGUGAUAGUUUGUGGAUAGGUUGUGCAGUAACGCUUACUCAAUGCCGGUUCUGAGUGAGUUCUGUAGAUCCGGUGGGCGAGCACCAGCACCGGCCCUGUGGAAGGAGAAGAGCAAACAUUACAAUGAGAGAAAUAACUCUACUUCAGUAGAACAUGAAACAAGAUGAAUACGUAUGCUGGGAACAGUAGCAAUAAAUAGGUGAGGCGUGUAAUUUUUGGAUGUUAAAAUACCUUCUCGUAAACUGCAAGUCAAAUACAGGUGCUGGUCAUAUAAUUAGAGUAUCAUCAAGAAGUUGAUUUAUUUCACUAAUUCCAUUCAAAAAGUGAAACUUGUAUAUUAUAUUCAU